AUGUCUCGGAAUCACAUAAACUUAAACGUCAAUGAUUCCGUAUCUAAUUCACAUCAGAAUUCCAUUUCAACUUCACCACAAAAUAGUAAACCAAUAUCUAACGUGGCAAUAUCACCACAAACAAAAUAUGUUUUAACAUAUAGUCAAGAAGAUAAAUCCUUUCUCGGAUGGCAUGCUAAUACAAUUUCAGAACCAUUCGAUCUUCGUAUAGAUACCGAGUCAUCUAAAUGGGGCGGUAUUAGUGAUUUCAAGGUUUCUGAUAACAAGAUCAUUUUGUAUAAUUAUAAUGGUUUAGCAAAAUUUCACGAUUUGAGGAAUAAUAAAGAUUUUGAAAUUCAAGAUGAAUAUUGUGAAUACAGUCAUACACAUUUUAUUAAAAACGGGAAUAUCUUUACAUUUAAGUGCAAUAGUAGCACUUCAAUAAAUCCUUCAGUUUUAGUUUAUGAACUUACAAAUAAGAAUGAAUUAGCUCAAAAGGCUUUUAAUAUUUUCAAUGAAAAGGAUAUAAAAUUUGGCGGUUUUAUAAGCGAUAGGAUGUGGAUGAUGACAUAUGGUUUAAUUUUUCUAUUGGAUUUAAAUACUUUCCAACUUCAAAAAUUUUCGCUUUUUGAAAUGAAUCUAAAUAUUGAGAAAGUUAAAUUCAAAUUCUCAGAAAAGUUAAUUAUUAUGAAAGUUGCUGAUGAGCAUUAUAUUUAUUCUAAAAACGUAGAACUCAUAAAUUUUCCAAUUGGAAGGAUUGUAGAUUCUGAAUGUCAGGAAUUCGAAUUCGCCGGAAAUAAUGAUGAAUUCAUAAUUACUUUAUCAAAUAAUAAUCAUGAUUGGAGAAAUUCCAUAUUUAAAGAUCAUAUGAAUGAUUUUAAUAAUGAUAAUUUAUUUAUGGAUAUUGAUCAAAAAUAUUCUUCAAUCCAAGAUAAAAUGAAGGCUACUGAUGAGUAUUUAGAAGAAAACAUUCCUAAAAAGUUUAAAAAGACUAAAAAGACUUUACCUUCAAGAAUUGAUAAAGAGAAUAGAAAUAGCUUCUUAAUAGCGUCUAUAUUUUUUGGUUGCUUCCAUCUUUUGUUUGAAGUUCGUCAAUUUUUAUGGAAUCCUUAUAGAUGGUUACUAAAUUUUUGGAAUAUAAUUGGAGAUGGAAGUUUAUUUAAUAAAUGGUCACCUAAAGAUAAUAAAAUUAUGAUUGCUUUAAUGCUUUUAUAUUCAUUUAUUAUUGUUGUGUUCCUUAUGAACUUGUUGAUUGGAUUAUUAAAUAUGGCAAUUGAAGCAGAUAAUGAUCGGGUAACUUAUUUAGCACAGAAGGCAGAGAUUCUUAAAGAAAUAGAGUUAUUAUAUUUUCUUCCGAAUCAAAAACGAUGUUGGAAAUCAUUGUUUCCUGAAUUAAUUUAUUACUAUGCUGAUGUUCAUGAAGUAAAGAAAUUAAUGGAUGAAGGAACUAUAGACUCCGAAACAAAAGAAAUGAUUACAAAUAUAAUUAGGAUAUAA